GGAAGUCCAGCUGCUGAUGACAGUUAGUUUGACGCUACAGCUAACCAGCUAGUGUCGGUCUCUGCUGGUUUUCUCAGUGUUUGCGACGGUUCGUGGACAGACAGAGGGAAAAGUUCGGAGCUGGUCUCAACACGUCCCUUCAAACAUGACCAAACACGAGUUCGAGGUGGCCAUGACGUGUGAGGGAUGUUCAGGAGCCGUCACCAGAGUCCUCAACAAACUGGGAGACGUGAAGUUUGAGAUCGACCUGCCUAAGAAACUGGUUUGGAUCGAGUCUGACAAGGACGUGGAUGUUCUCAUGGAGACGCUCAAGAAAUGUGGGAAGGAGGUCAAGUACAACGGCACAAAGUGAAGGAGCCUGAGUCUGCAGGUGUGGAACAGGAAAUCAUUGCUGCUGAUGUGAUACUUAUUCUGGAAGUCACCAGUUCUCCACCUGUCAGGAAGAGUCUGAUUGCCCCCCUCCCCGUGUUAAAACAGCUGUGUGUUGUUUCUCCUCCUGGACUGAGCUGAAAACAUUCCCUGCGUUAGAAAUCAUUCUGAUGAUUGACAGUAUGUAUCCAAACAUUAUUGUUGUGAUUAAACUUUGAGAAGUUCCUGAUGCAUGAAGAUGUCUGCAGGCCUACGGGGGGGGGGGCAUCAUCUGCUGGACUUUUAAUUUGUAAACCUACUUCCUCUUUGCUUCGUCACAGUUUACACUACAGGUCAACAAUAAUCAUGAGAUUUACAGUAAAAUGCUGCAGUUCAGACUGAGCUGUUUGUGAGUGUCUGUCUCCAUCUGUUGUGGAUGAAUGGGAAAUAAAAUCGAAUUACUCUGUUA